AUGAGGGUGUUGUCCGUCUUUCUCUGUCUCCUCGGUGUGGCCUCAACCAGAACUGUGCUUCAGCUGGCGCAUGAUCUUCAGGCCAGAACCUUUGCGUCUCUGGUGGCCAAAGCUGGACUGUCUCACGAAUUAGGCACACAAGGACCAUUUACAAUAUUUGCUCCUACUGAUGAUGCCUUUGCCAAAGUUCCAAGUGACGUCAUGUCAAAACUAUCUCACGACAAAGAUUUACUCACCAAAGUUAUCAAGUACCACGUGACCGCCGGGAGCCAAUUAAUGAAAAAUUUUAGAAAUGAUAUCGAAAUUGGAUCAUGGGCCAAUGGUUACAAAAUAAGGAUAAAUGUAUACCAAAAUGGCCAGGUAAUGACAGCAACCGGUAGUAGAAUUAGCUCACGCGAUAACAUUGCUUCAAACGGUGUAGUUCAUCUUAUUGAUGACGUCAUGUAUCCACUGCCGGAAGAGAGUGUUUUACAGUACUGCGCUUCCAAUCAGAACUUAACUCAGCUCACCUAUUCAUUCAUUAGAUCAAAUCUGCAAUAUGACAUUCAAGGGGGACCUUUCACAGUAUUUGCGCCGACAGAGGCUGCUUUUGACGCCCUGCCCACAGGAUUCCUCAACACUGAGUUUCUUACACUAGCAGCCUCCAGAACCUUGCUGCAGUACCACUAUAUACAGGGUACCUAUUACAGCGCGGGGCUGACCGACGGAAUGAAGAUUCGUACUGUGCAGGGAAGUGACGUCAUCAUUAAAAAGAACAACAAUGGUGUUAUGGUGGAAAAUGCUAAAGUGAUUCAAGCAGACAUUAAAGUAACAAAUGGGGUCGUCCAUAUAAUAGACAAAGUGUUACUGGUGGCAAAUCACGUGAGCGGCGAGUCAGAGCCUCACUCGAUAGGAUAGUCAUAAAAUAGGAUAGGAUA